AUGAUUGAGACUGAUAGUGUAAAGGGGAUGACUGAGACUGAUAAUGUAAAUGGGAUGACUGAGACUGGUAGUGUAAAGGGGAUGACUGAGACUGAUGAUGUAAAUGGGAUGACUGAGACUGAUAAUGUAAAUGGGAUGACUGAGACUGAUAGUGUAAAGGGGAUGACUAAGACUGAUAAUGUAAAUGGGAUGACUGAGACUGAUAAUGUAAAGGGGAUAACUGAGACUGAUAAUGUAAAGGAGAUGACUGAGACUGAUAAUGUAAAUGGGAUGACUGAGACUGAUAAUGUGAAUGGGAUGACUGAGACUGAUAAUGUAAAGGAGAUGACUGAGACUGAUAAUGUAAAGCGGAUGACUGAGACUGAUAACGUAAAUGGGAUGACUGAGACUUAA